GGCCGACGCGGCCUGACGGGUUGCCCGCGCGACCCCAAGAUGGCGGCGCUGGCCGAGGUUGAGGCGGCCGAAGAGGCUCCGUCGUGAGCGGCCUUUGGCUCCCUUCUCCUCCUCCUCCGCCGAGGCCAUGGCCGCCGGCUGGGCCCCGCCGGGCUUCGGGCGGCAGUGAGGCGGCCGAGGAUGAGCGAGAGCUACUCGCGCUGGCUGCUGCGCGUCUCGGUGGCGCAGGUGUGCCAGGCGCUGGGCUGGGACUCGGUGCAGCUCUCCGCCUGCGACCUCCUCACCGACGUCCUCCAGCGCUACCUGCACGCCCUGGGCCGCGGCUGCCGGCGCUACUGCGAGCUCUAUGGCCGGACGGAUCCAAUUUUGGAGGACGUAGGGGACGCCUUCAAGCUCAUGGGGGUCAACUUGCACGAACUGGAAGAUUACAUACUCAACAUCGAGCCGGUCACUUUUGCUAAUCAAAUCCCCUCGUUCCCCGUCAGCAAGAACAACGUCUUGCAGUUUCCCCAACCUGGAAGCAAAGAUGCGGAAGAGAGGAAGGAGUACAUUCCGGAUUACAUGCCGCCCAUUGUCUCUUCCCAAGAAGAGGAAGAGGAAGAGCAGGUACCAACCGAUGGCGGGACAUCAGCAGAAGCCAUGCAAGUACCUUUGGAGGAGGAGGGCGAGAUGGAAGAAGAUGAGGCCGUUAACGAUGAAAAUUAUCUAAGCAAGCGGCCACUAGAGAGUCCCGAAUCUGAGGAAAUGCCUGCCGUGAAAAGGCCAAAACUUACUAGCGUGAAAGUCGAGGAUGGGACUCCAGAGCCCCGUGAGCCACUUAGUUCAAUCAACGCCCAGAAAAUCCCACCAAUGCUCUCCCCGGUUUGCGUCCAGGACAGUGCCGAUCUGAUUCCUCUCUCUCCAGAACCACCCGUAUUGGCUCCCAUUUCCAAAUCCCAGUUGCCCGUUCCCAAGCCGCUGGAGCCGAAAGCAUUUGUGCCUAAAGCCAAGGGGAAAUCCAGCUCCCCGGGCCAGAAAACGAAAACUCCCAAAGUCCCUCCGUCCCCGGCAGUUGUGGGAAGUCCCCUUCGCUCGCCAAAGACUGGAUCCAAAGAGAAGAAGUCCCCAGGCCGGGCCAAGAGCCCCAGAAGUCCUAAGAGCCCCAAAGUUCCAUCUCAUGUUCCUCUAGUGGCAAUUAAACAAGAGGCACCAAGUAGGAUCCCAUUAUCCACGUUAAGUGAGAAGAUAGGGAAGGAGAAUGUGCAGGUAAAACCAGGGCCGGCCCCCGUUGACUCUGGGAAACCAAACAGUGAGAAUCCGACAAAGAAAGUGGCAGUGGCUGACAAGACAAUUGAUGAUUCCAUCGACGCUGUAAUUGCCCGUGCUUGUGCUGAACGAGAUCCUGAUCCAUUUGAGUUUUCUUCAGGAUCAGAAUCAGAGGGGGAUAUUUUCACCAGCCCGAAAAGACUUUCCGUAUCUGAGACUACGACGCCUAAAGCUUCCUUUUCGGCCAACAGUAGUUUAAAUAAGACAGGAGCCACCCCGGUUCCUCCCUCUGGUGGAACUUCAAGUUCAGACAUUUCAUGGACGAUGGAUGACUCAAUUGAUGAGGUCAUCCGAAAGGCUAACAUGGGCGCUUCCACGAAUUUGCCGGCCAAUUUCUCCUAUUUCUCGUCUCCUUCCGCUUCUCCGCCGACUCCGGAGCCCCUGCUCAAGGUUUAUGAGGAGAAAACUAAGCUUGCUUCGUCCGUAGAGGUGAAAAAGAAGCUGAAGAAAGAGCAGAAGACAAAAAUGAAGAAGAAGGAGAAGCAGAAGGAGAAGAACAAAGAGAAAAACAAAGAGAAGGAGAAGAACAAAGAGAAGGAGAAAGACAAGGAUGGCGGCAAAGAAGGGAAGUGUCUCUGGAAGGAUCUGAUGAGAGAGGAGGAUUUGGAUCCCUUCAAAUUCAAAAUGAAAGACUUCGAUGAUGAGACGAAAGUGAAGCUAAAAGAGGGUGGGACCAAAAAAGAGCGGGAGAAGCAUAAAGAGAAGAAGAAAGAUAAGGAGAAGAGCAAGAAGGACAAAGAGAAGAAAGACAAAGAGAAAGCGAAAGACAAAAACAAAGACAAGGUGAAAGCUUCGUCGGCAGCGCUCCUCCUGCCUUCGAAAGAUCUACCCUUGCCCUUGUUCAGUCCCCCGGCUGCCCUGAAGCUCCCCUCCAUGCUGCCCCCCCUCUCGUCGAUGCUUCCCGACAAGCUGUUUGAGGAGAAGGAGAAGCCUAAAGAGAAGAAGAAGGACAAAAAGGAGAAGAAGAAGAAGAAAGAGCGGGAGAAGGAAAAGGAGAAGAAGGAGAAGGAAAAGGAGAAGAAGGAGAAGGAGAAGAAAGAGAAGGAAAAAGAGAAGCACAAACACGAAAAGCAAAUCAAAGUGGAGCCUGUCGUUCCCGCACCGUCUCCGGUCAUCCCGAGGCUGACGCUGAGAGUGGGGGCUGGUCAGGACAAGAUUGUCAUCAGCAAAGUGGUGUCAACGCCGGAGGCUAAGCCAGCCGCUCUUUUGGCUCGGCCCAAAACCCCACCGCCUCCCCCGUCUCCAGCACCAGCUCCUGUCCACGUCCCCCCUCCUCCACCUCCAGUCAUUCCUGCACUGCCUCCAGCCACGAUUUCCCCAGCUCUGCUUCCUCCUCCAUCUCCUGCGAUGUCCACCACCGGAGGCUCCAAAGGUCCCGUUCGGAGUGUGGUUACGGAAACUGUCAGCAAUUAUGUGAUCCGAGAUGAAUGGGGCAACAAGAUCUGGAUCUGCCCGGGCUGCGAGAAACCAGAUGAUGGCAGUCCAAUGAUCGGCUGCGACGGAUGUGACGACUGGUAUCACUGGCCUUGCGUUGGACUUACGGCAGCUCCCCCUGAAGAAAUGCAGUGGUUCUGCUCCAGGUGUGCCAGCAAGAAGAAAGAUAAAAAACACAAGAAGUGGAAACACAAAGCCCACUGAAGUCGUCGCAGAGAUUUCCCGGACUGACGCUUCAGCACUUCCGCCCCCCAACUUCUAUUGUGGAGGAAUUCUACCGCCUUGUCUGUCACCAUCAAGUCUCUGGGGUUGCGAUUCUUGCAAGAAUCUGGAAGGAGCAUCUACGGUCUGUUAGGAGCCGGCUUUUCCUCUUUUUUAAAAAAAAGGCUUUCACUUCCAUCAUGGAACAGCUCAGAUCCUGAUCGCAAAUCGCCUGCCACGGGCUCACCGGCUGAACCUGACGUGUCUGCAGGCGAAUCGACACUUGUAAAUACUGCUGCCCCAUCCCACCUUCCUCUUCCUCUUCCGAGCCUCUACCCGAAGAAACGGGAAAGGGUUUGCAGGUCCAAGCGGCCAUCUUAGGAGAGCCACUCAGAACGACUUCGAAAGCUCUCUGCUUCCUCUCCCGCAGUCAGAUAAUCACAAAUGACACAGGGUGGGGCGAAGCGGCGGGUAAAUAUUUUUGUGAUAAGAAUAUAUGAAGCUUUUCUUCUCUUUCCCCUCCCCCCCCCAGCCUCCCCUUUGACUUUUGAGACUUAACACAAAUAAAACAAAAUGCUUGAGG